GUCACGCUUCAUGUGCGUUUAAUUGUUUUGCCCUGUAUACUUUGUACAUGUGGCGUUGUCACUUUUAAGUACAUUUGAAUAUACCGAUAGUCAUCAGAGUGAAACUCAAAUUGCUUGUGAAAUGGUCUGAAUGGCUUGUAACCUCAUUUUGUUAUAACUUUUAACCUUAGCGCGAACUGAAAAAAGUACAACACACAUGUAUUGAUCCGGUGAAGAUUUGUGUUAGUUAGAAUAUGCAUAUGAUGUUGCUUUUUAUCGCACGUUUACAAGUCAUAAACAAUAGUGAAUAUAAAGAAUAAUGAACGAAUAGAAUAUAUUACGGUGGAUAAAAACCGAUACUCAGGGCGUGCGGUACUUAAAUUCUUACGGAAAGUGUUCAAGUACUUACUGUGUUAUGUGUAUUUUUUAUGAUACACGUAAAAAAGUGAGCUGCAGCAAUUAUAUGACUAAUGGAUCUAUGUUGAAACAAUUCAGAUAUUAUACAUAAUUGUGUUAGCUGCACAUCAAACAAGUCAUAGAUUAUAAAUAAAACAGGCGAAUGAGUAAUGUAGCAACAUAAGGAUUUUAUACAGAAAUCGGGACAACGCAGACGUAGACAAUGACUCAUCCUACAGCUCAGGAUGCCAAACCGUCGUCGUCGGAUGAAGAGAAUGGAUACAAGGUGUACCCAUCUAGAUGGUUCAUGCUCUUUGUCGCCAGUAUGCUCAAUCUGACAACUUCAAUGAAUUGGAUAACUUUUGCCGCAGCAGCUGAUGUGUCGGUAGAAUUUUACCAGAUUUCAACAUUUCAACUCAACCUGUUGUCCAUGUGUUUUGUCCUUAUAACCAUACCUGUUGGUCUGACAGCCGCUUGGUUAACGGAUACUUUUGGUCUUCGGCUUACCUUUAUGAUAGCGGCAUGGACGAACGGUGUUGGGUCUCUCCUGAGGAAUAUCAGUGCUAUGGAUUUCGUCCCGCUUGAGAAUAAAUAUAGUGUUGUACUCACUGGCCAGAUCCUGGUCGCGUGCGGCGAGAAGUUCGUUAUGAUGAUGCCGACUAAACUGGCUGCGAUAUGGUUCCCAGAAAAUCAACGAGCGCUGGCAAACAUGCUUGGAGGCAUUACGGAUGCGUUGGGAAACAUGGUUGCUUUCAUACUCGUGCCACAAAUGGUCGAUGUCAAAUCAGAUAUCCCAUUAAUGCUCUGGGUACUAUCUGUCCCUGCUCUAUGUCUUACACUGGUGACAACAAUCGGUGUCAGAAAAUCGGUGCCGCCCACACCGCCCUCUGCCAGUGCUGCUACAGUAAACAAAGCCUUCUAUCCUGGACUUAAAAAGCUAAUUAGAAAUAAGGCGUACCUUGUUUUAAAUUUGGCGUUUGGGACCGGAUUUGGAGUGUACGUGUCAAUUCUGGUGUUACUAGAACAAUCACUAUGUCCAAGAGGAUACUCUGAUGUAAUUAUUUACUUCUUUGUACUGUACUGA